AUGACAACACUGGAGGAAGCCAAAGCGUUUCUUAAGAAAGAAUCUAACGACGGAACAAAUCUUUAUGACCAUUUAAGUGAUGUAUUGUUAAAGAUUAUUGUAGAGCGACCCGAAGGUCUGCAUGAGACUUUUGAAAAUAUCUCGACAUUGGUCAAACAAGAGCGCUAUGUAGCUCCACACGACUUGACAACGGACGAUCAAAGUUCUCAAGUAUCAAGUCGCAAGAAAGAAGCACAAACAUACCAAGAGAAUUAUUCCAAUACAGCAUUAGAUCUUCUUAAGCUUCAGACUGACAAUACUAUGGCAAGCACAAGUAAAGUUGAUUUGCUUGAUGAAGCAAAUUUAUUUGAGUGGGCUGGACUUGGAUUUUCCAAAAGCGAGACGUUUCGACUGUCAUUGGCACUUCAAAGUCUCGCACAGACAAUUGAGACAGUAAAUCUGCGCUUUUGGGGCAAGAUUCUUGGCCGUAAAGCAGAUUUUUAUAUUGCUGAAGGAGAACUCGUACAAGCUUACGAACCUCAAGAUUUAGAAGCCGAAGAGGGUUUUGCAGGGGUCAAUAAACUUACAUACUGGGCAAUGAAAGACAACGGAACAUACCAAUGGGUUCGGCUGCCUCCUGUACGAUGCGAGCAGAUUGUAGCUGCUCGACAGCUUUGUCGCUAUGUUCAAGGAGACUUGGAGGCACCAAUAUCAGGACAUCCACCUUUUCCUGGCUUGGAAAAGAAUUUCUUGCGGGCUCAAAUUGCUCGUAUCUCUGCUGGAACGGCACUGAGUCCUGCUGGGUACUUUGAUGUAACGGAAGGAGAGAUUGCGCCUGCAGAGACGUUUGAGGUCAAGAGUACAGAGCAAUUGCUUGAGCUUAAAAAUUGGACACACAUAGCAAAAGAGAUCAAUGCACGAUACGGUCGAAUGACACCAAUGCCUCCUCUUCUCAAUGCAGACGGGGAAGAAGAAUCACGUGAAGAAGAGACUUUUGCACCACCACUUCGAGAUAUAAGUGAAGACGAACCAUUAUCGUGGCGAUUAGAUCGGCAACCAGCAACACGACAGCCGUCAGUAGGUGAUAUUGCGAUUGCACGGAGUCUUAUAUGGCCUGGAGCUGUGAGUAUUGCAGUAGGAAAAAAGUUUUGUAAUAUUUACGUCGGUCAUGGGGUCAAGUUUCGCGCAGAACCUUAUCAAUUACCUUUACCACAGCAACUACAGACUGGUAGUGGCGUUAGUUGGAGUGAAGAAACUAGUGACGUUGAUGACAAACCGACACUGAGUUGUGUACUUCCUGUGGAACAGCCUGACCUGCUCGAAGAUCCAUCUCCUCCAACGGAUGAAGAAGAUUGA